AUGGCCUCCGACCCAGACAACCCCAUCCCCUCAGUCGAGGCUUCCACCAAUAUGACCCUAGCGCUCUAUCAACCCGCCGGAUUCGACGUCGUUGUGAGUAACAGCGACGAUAUCCCUACUGGAUCUGUCACGGUCAACGACCCCCCGUCCUGGCUCAUCGCUAUGCAUGAACAGAUUGCUAGAGCCCACAACCAGAUCCGGGAGAUUCCCUCGUCUAUCGACCAGGAGCGGACCCAAGAGCUCGCAACCCUCCGAGAGCAAUAUGAGAACCUGCGGGACAACUACACCCUCGUUACCAGCAUGUUCCGAAGAGGCAUUGAGGCCUCUCAGAACCAAAUCACCCAGUUCCAACAGCAAGUCCAACAGGCCAGCGACAGAUUCGCCUCUGAAGUCUGGACUGUUAUCGCGCAAUACGGCAAACAGGAUGCUGAGCACCAGAAGGCAAUUGACCACCUCCACGAGAUUUCCCUACGCCAUCAGAAGGCCCUCGAGACUCUCGAUGAAAGAGGCGUCCGUCAGCAAUCCGUCCUGGGCCGAAUCGACACUUGGGCAUCCACCAAAGAAUCCCAGAUCAACGAUAUCCUCACCAAAUUCGUGGACCAAGACAGUUUGAGGAAAUUCGAGGAACAAAUCACAAUCAUCCAACAGAGCACCCAGGAGGCCAUUCAGAAAGCUCUUGAACAAAGUGGCCAACCCGGUCAAGCUCCCGACAUCGCCUCAGUAAUGAGGGUCCUGGAACAACGCGCCGCCACGAAGGCUCCCAGCACCGUUCCACGCUCCUCGCUCUAUGGGCCACCUGCCAGCCCAAGCCUAAUCGACGACAACGUACUCCAGGCGGCCCAGGCAAAAAGACAGGCCAGCCAGGCCAGGAUGCAACACAAGGCCACGUACGCCGGCACCUAUGGCGCUGGAUCCCUACGCUUUGGUUACCCCAUGAUCCAGACUACGCCCAUCCACCUCAACAAGCCUGCUACCUACGAUGGUAAGAGGCUCGAUGCCUUUAGGCCUUGGUGGGCUAGGAUCAACGCCUACCUCCACGCCUAUGCCGCCAGCUUCCCGACAGACAGCCCGGAACCCUUUGCGCCCCCUAUUCGAAAACCUUUGGAUGCUACCUGUGACAAGGGCAGUGUUCUGGGCUUGGAACAGUAG